AUGUACCGAAUAAAUAGAAAAAACAAUGAACGUUCUGUCACCGUCGGUCGUGUUCGAGUGGUCGGUAGCGGCGCCCCGUCGCGUUGGUCCUUCGAGCGGGCGCGAGCCGCGCGUUGGUCCGUCGAGCCGACGCGGGCCGCGCGCGCGAGCGACACAGCUCGCGCUCGGGCGGCGCCCGCGCCGGCCGCGUCUUCGCUAAGGUCGAGUGAAGCUGCGGCUGGAGGCGGCCGUACCGACCGUUCCCUAUACCUAAGAAAUUCGCGAGAUCCCAGAGUGCAAACCGCAGGUAAGAAAGAGUCGGCAGUGACGGGGACGAUACCGGGCGGCGCGACGCCGGGUCCCCUCGGCCGCGGCCCCUGCCGCCCCGGGCUCCGAGUAUAUACAGUGUGA